AAUAUAGGCUAAAAUAAUGCUCUCUUUCUUAUUUUAGGGACCUGUGGGAUUUAAGAAUCUCGCCUAAAAAAAUUUGCUACUUCUACAGCCUUCCAUCUUAGUGUGCAAUUGAUGAUUCCACUUGAAAUACCUAUCUGAAGAAACUAACAGUAGGCAAGGUGUAAUUGCUUUUUAAAAAUGUUAAAAGUUCAGCAGUGUGUAACAGCUGACAGAAUGCACAAGAAAAGGCCAUAUAUUUGUGACAUUUGCUAUAAACAGUUUGAAACUCCAUCAAAAUUAGCUAGGCAUUAUCUGAUACAUACUGGUCAAAAGCCAUUUGAAUGUCAUGUAUGCCAUAAAACAUUUAGGCAGCUAGUCCACCUGGAGAGGCAUCAGCUAACUCAUAAUCUGCCUUUUAAGUGUAUUGUCUGUCAUAGAAACUUCAAAAACUUAAUCACUUUCUUAAAGCAUCAGCAGCUUCAUAAUGAAAAUUAUCAGAAUGAUACCAAGCAAGCAGAAAACUCUGUGAAUUUUGAGCAAGACAGGGUCACUUCUGGCAUAUUUCGAUGUGCUAUGUGCUGGAAGUCUUUUACAACUGAAGACAGGUGGAUGCUGCAUCAGUGCCUGAAGGCAGAUCAUCUACAUGGUGCCAGAAGGAGAAAGAAAACUCACGCUUGUGAAUCCUGUAACAAGACAUUUCCAUCAAGAUCUAAGCUAGAAAGACACUUCCUUAUUCACACUGGCCAGAAACCUUUUAAGUGUUCUUCAUGCGGUAAAUCUUUCAGACAGUCAACGCACUUGAAAAUCCAUCAGCUCACACACACAGAAGAAAGGCCUUUUCAGUGCUGCUUUUGUCAGAAGGGGUUUAAAAUACAGAGCAAACUCAUGAAGCACAAACAGCUCCAUGCCAGAAAUAAGACUUUCCCCAAUAUUUUAUACAAAGCAAAGACUCUUAAAUAUCCCAGACCACAGAACCUGUUGGAAGAAAAGAGAGAGAGUUUUGAGAAUGCUGACACUUAUGAGUCACAGAAGAAUGACCCACAUGAUGUUCACUCGAUUUAUAUUGUACCCUUUCAGUGCCCAGCAUGUGAGCAGUGUUUUGAAACGGAGCAGGUUCUAAAUUUGCACAAAUGUUGUUAUCUGAGAGACGGCAAAAGUUCAAAUAAUGGUACAACAGCACGCAGCCACACAGUCAGCAAGAAAAAUAAGAUUCUGAUGAAGCUGAAGUGUACUGGAGGAAAGGCAACAGAUUUUUCUCUGUUGGACAGAAAAAAAAUAAAAACGGGUCUCUUUAAAAGUCCUGACCUGGCUGCAGCUAGAGAUCAGCGUUCUGAUCAGCAUGCUUCCACUAAACCUUUCAAGGAUUGCCAUAGCAAGCUUGACAUGCACAAGGCACUUAGCAAACGUUCUUUUCAUCCGAUUAUUGUGCCAUUACCUUGGCAAGAGCACCCGCAACCUCAUGACUUUGGAAUUAAUUUAAAAGGUAUGCUUACUGGUGAAAGCAUGUUAAACAUCGAUGAUUCACUGCAUAAUAAAGAUGACGCUUUUUAUGGUUCAUCAGAUGAUGGUUUCUUUGAUAAUCCAGAAGUACUUCACUGUGCUUUUUCAGCUUCUGCUAAAAAUAUACAUAACAGACACAAAGUGUGUAAAUGUGACAGAUGUGAAAAAAUCUUUCCAUCUUCAUCCAAACUUCAAAGACAUUAUCUUAUACACACGGGACAGAAGCCCUUUGGCUGUAAUGUUUGUGAGAAGACAUUUAGACAGUCAGCUCACUUAAAAAGACAUCAGCUCACCCAUACUGAAAAAAGACCCUAUAAAAGCCCUGUUUGCCAGGUAGAAUUUGAAAACCUCAACAAACUUUUCAAUCAUCAGGGAGAUCACAUUGAAUUUAAGUCUUCUCAGCCUGUGGGUUAUUCUCAAACACCUUCACAGGCAUCUGGCUUUCAAGAAUUUGAGCUGAUUGAGUCAAACCAAGCAGCUGAAAUCAAAGUUGAAAUCGAGUCAGGGGACUUUGUUCUUGACACCAUCAGUAGAAACACACAGCCGUAUUUUUGUAGUAAAUUGUUGGAAACAGAGCAAAGCUGUUACAGUUAUUGGCAUGAUUUUUCUGAAGGUACUGAAAAAAGUGAAGUUGUUAAAAAACUGUAUCAAUGCAGUAUCUGCUUUAAAACUUUUAAAUCACCUUCUAAGCUUGAAAGACAUUACCUAAUGCAUGCUGGACAGAAGCCAUUUGAAUGUUUAGUUUGUGGUAAAAAUUUCAGACAGGCCCCGCAUUUGAAAAGACAUCACCUUAUUCACUUUAAAGAGAGAUUAAAGCUGAGUUCCACUGAGCUACAACCAGAGAAUAUAUUGUUUUUAUCAAAACUGGAUAAUGCCCUAUGAAAUUAUAUAUUAAAUUAUUUGGGUGCAUAAUUGUUAAAAGGCUUAUGUUAGACCAAACAAUUGACUGAAGGGGAUUAUCUUUUUCUAUUAUGGACAUGACCUGGUGAAAAGUUAAUUUACUGUCUUCAGAACUGUCUGCUUGAUAUAAUUUGUGAUGAAGGUGAGAAUAUGUUUAAAAGAAAAAAACAUGCAACAAAAAAGCCACUUUGCAUUUCUUUUCCUAAAUUGAUUUAUAAAUACACAUUCUUACUGUAUUAGUAGUGUUGCAGCAAUCUGCAAUGCUCUAUGAAUCAGGUAUUUUUAAAGUUAUACCUUUUCCUGUAUAGUAUUUUAUGACAUUAUGCUGUCCAGUGAUAACUAUCAGGAAAGUAAAGAUAAAAAUGUAAUUUCCAGAACACAGAGAAAAUGGUCAUUUUACUUUCUUCUGGCUCCUUGUAUGUUACAAACAAAGGACGCUUGCUGUAUUUAUUUCAUACUUCUAAAAAACCCAACAGUUAUUUUUAGAUAAAAGAUGCAAAAAAGAAGAAAGUAGAAAAAGGAGAAAAAGUUUAAUGAGAAAAAAUGUUGAUGUGACAUUAUAGAACAGUUAAUAGAAAAAAAUUAACUGCUUUGUAAUGUGCUUGGAGGUCUAUGGAUGAGGAAUUAGAUCUUUUCCCUUUUUGUGAUAAAAUAUAAGUAGACAUUGUUAAAAUAGCAGGGUUUAUAAUCAAUCCAUUUCACCACUUCAUUAUCUCCACUUCUUUGUAUAUCCCUUGCCUUUUCUAGCUUUUCUGGCCAAUUCGUAUAGUACUGAACUAUUUUUCUGCAAGAAAAGAGGACAAGGAAUUAUCAUUAAUAUUACAAACGGGCUUACUAUCUGUUCCAGUCUCCUUUCCUUCUAGUGUACAUAUUGCACCAGUAAAAGAAAUGUUCUCUAAGAUGUGAUGAUAACUCAGACGAGCAAUUCUGUCGGGAAUUCAUGUUCUCGUUACAUUAAAUAUAAGAGACUGAAAAUUACUUUUAGCUCAAAUUAAGUAAUUCUGAUUUUGUAUUAAUAGAAUCUGUAGUUAUACUUUCUGCUAAGUAGAGAGCUUUGCCCGUUGUGCCUGUGGGGCUGGCAAAAAUUGUAAGUGCAGUGGAGCUUUAUUCAUUAUGAACAAGAAUGAAGUUUGUUUCUUUUUUUUUUUCCUCUGCAAAAACUACAUUUUAGGAUAUUUUCCUUUGUUCUGCAACUUCUGAAUAGUUGAAACCUGAAGUUUUUAAUCCUAUUUCUAAACGUAUCUGUAAGAUACAUGGCAUUCUUUUCACUAUUUAAAUAGAUCCAUAUUUAUUUAAGUAAAAUGGUUUUGAUUUUUUUUUUUUUAA